AUGUCAGACUUGCAAGACAUACUGAAUGUGAAUGCAAAGUCAUUCUUGAACGAUCAGUAUCUCAACUAUAUGUUCCACGAGAUUGAAAAGGAGGAGAGAGCACCAUUCAUUAGAGCAAUUCAAAAGGCGUUCAUCAAGCAGACGAUUGGUGCCAAUCAGAGUUAUUGCAUUGGUGACAAGGCCACUGAUGGCGUUCGUUCACUUGCCCUAAUGUUGCCGCCCCAGGUUUCCUGGCCCGAGGACCUCUGGGAGGUCUACACACAGAAGCAAGAGAAGAUCCUCCUCGGUCGAUCACUCACUGACACUUACGAUAGAUUCAUUGAGCUCGAGGAGUUCUUCUCUGAACGAUUCGAACACUUCAAUGCUAUCGAUGGAUACUACUUGUUGAUAUUGUCAACUGAUGAGACUUAUCGUGGACAGGGAUUGGCCAACAAGAUUAUGAACAUAUUGGUGGAGAAGUUGGACAGAGAACAAAAGUCAUGCUAUCUCGAGUGUACAAACUCCAAGCUAUUGACAUUCUACGAACGUUAUGGAUUCCAAGCAUUGCAGACUACAAACCUACCUAUCAUUCCAGCCAACAUCUCAUUGGAUCUCGUUCCAAAGGUUACAUUCUUUAAGCGAAUGCCCAAGCCUCUGACAUCGAAUCAAUAA